CCAAUUACUAUAUUAUAUCUAGGAAGUACCCUGAGUUUCACGCAUAUCAUCAUAUAGACUUGCACAGGAGACCACAGAAACCUUGCCUAAUUGUUGACUAGAUUUCCUCGCUUUUUAUGCUAUUGAUAGCAGCGAAUAGAUGAGUCAUUUCCUAGUGUCCCCUCGUGGCUCUGCGUGUGGAGGGGAGGUCAAGUCUACGCCGCCUGUUUCACACGAAGAGGACGCCCAGUCCGAUACGUGCACAGAGAGCUCUGUGCGCAGCGAGCCACGAGUUGACUUAGGCCUCGAUGGCAGCCGUCCACUUGGCGCCGUUGUCCCGUCGGGCAUUCCGCGACUGCCCGAGUAUGCAAUUCCUCUGCAGCCGAAACUUUUAAAACAAAUUAACGCGAUGCACACAAAGGAGGAGCUUCUCGCCUUCGUGGGGCAGUGUUACAUCAUCCUGGACCCUAUUAACUUGGUGACGUGCGUGUAUCGACUCGCCCGCAUGUACACCGGUAUCCGGCACCCAGAAGCGCGACAGGCAUGGAAGACGGAGCUGAACGACGCUUCCUCGUUUCAGGUCCUCUUGCGUACCAUUCAAUCGCACAUGAUUGCGGCCCAAGUGCACCCGCCUUACAGCCAGGAGGUCAAGGGCAUUGACGCUCGCUGCGUCUCAAACCUCAUCUGGGCCCUGGUCAAGUUGGACCUAGCGCUGGAUGUGGGUUGCACCGGCAACGAGGUCAUCCUGAGCAUUUCGCCCCUGGUACUGCGGCUGCUCAACCAGUCCAGCCCACAGGGCCUGGCUAACCUCCUGUGGGCCUACGCCAAGCUGGCUGAGCCCCCGGUCGAGGUGAUCUCCUCCAUCAUGACCCAAAUGACUGAGAUGCUGACGCGCGACCAGACGGGCAGCCUUUUUGACGCCCAGGCACUUUCAAAUAGCAUCUGGGCGGUGGCUCACGCACGCAGCAAGCUCGCCAACUUUGAUGGGCUGUGCGGGCCGCCCGGCAGCGUGAACGCUUUCCUGGUGGCAAUCGCCAUCAGCGCCAACAGCAUGCUGAAGGCGCUUUACACCCGCCUCGACCUCGCGCACCUCUCGGCCUUCCUGAACAAUGUUGAGCACAAGUUUUCAUGCCAGGCGCUCGUCAACAUCGUGUGGUCCUUUGCCACAAUUAUGGGCGAGGAGUGCCGCCAGCACCCCAUCAUUUCGCAGCUCUUCCUCAACUCACGCAAGGAGGCCGUCACCAGGCUGCGCGCCACCUACGCCGCGCUGCAGACACAGCAGUCUUGGGUUUACCAUCUCCCUGGCGGCUUCAACGAGCAGGCGCUCUCCAACGUCGUGUACGCGUACGAGAAGGCCGGGCUGCUGGACCGCGAGCUCUUGCAAUGGGUUUUCAGCGUUGCAACUCUGCGCCUCGACCGCCGCGACGGGCCGCCCUCAUUCAAGCCCCAGGAGCUGUGCACGCUGCUGCGCGCAACCCACAUGGACAUUUGCGAGCCGCAGCCGUUCCUCUCCAAGUUGGCCCGCAUUGUGCAGACCAUGCCGUGGAUUGUGCGCAACUGGUCCACGUCGGAGCUUAACGAGCUCAGCCGUGCGCUGGGACAACUGCAGCCGUCGAUGGUGGCAGCGCAACAGGCGCAACAGCACGCACAGCAGCGGGCUCAGCAGCAGGCUCAGCAGCAAGCCCAGGCACAGCAGGCUGCGGCCGCGGCGGCGCUGCCGCUGCUGGGUCUAGGGUCAGCGGGACCCGCCUUGGAUUUGCAGCUGUUGUUGCAGGUCAACGCCCUGGCAGCGGCGGGCCUUGGUGGCGGAGGCAUCGCCAACGGCGUCGACAACAACCUGGCGGCUGAGUUGCUGGCGGCCGAGAUCCAGCAGAUGACAAUCCAGAACGUCCUCACUGCACAGCUCAACGCCGCCGCUGCCGCCGCUGCAGUCGGGCUGCCCUUCGGAGAUGGCUCCGUCAACAGCAACCAGUCUUACGGCCCGAACAUCUUUGGUUUGCCGGUGGACGCCCAGCAAGCGCUCCAGGCGAUGCAAGCCCUUCAGCUAGGUAACGCCUCCCGACCCGCGGGUCUGCAAGCAAUGGCGCGUGUGCCGGCUAGCUGGUCUUGAGCUGGUCUUGUGCAGGAUAUAGUACACAGGCAGCUCUUCCUAAGAGAAGCUCUGGCAUAGAAACACAUUCCUUUCCGUUCGGAAAAUCGCCAGGGCUAUACUAACAGCGCAAUAAGCCGGUUUUGUUUUGGGCGUUCGCCAUGAUACAGCACACAGCCGGCUUGCGGUGAUGUCUUGCCAACAGCUCAACGCACCAAGCAUCAUCGCGUCGCAUGUCGGUAUACUCCUGGUUAGGAGAGCUUGUAUCAUCUUAGCGUGGCGAAUCGGUCGCAAACAUCUUGCGACUUGUGCAGUGGUUGACUUUAAUGUCACUUCCUUCACGUCUGUGCAUCGAACUCAAGCUUCUAUCGGGUAUCCGUUUGGCACUUGGGCCAAGGACGUUCAGUUUAUAGUUGGUUUAUGUUUGGUUUAAUCUUACUCUGUAGAGAGGUUCGGGAUGGUUUGGAGAGUGAAUUGCGCAAUGAUGGGCUGUCCAUGCCCAUGCCUUGUCCUUUAAUGCUUCGCUUCUGCAUGGGUGUUGCGUCUAAAGUUUUGCACGACGUUGUUACGCGUGCAUGUAUGUGUACGUGGGUAGUCGAUUCUUUCCUUGAGUCAGGAUUGCAAAGCUGCUAUGCGAAGAAGCUGCUUAAGGCCGGAUGUUCGGUCCCUUACUGGUUCCCAUGCUUGUGGCAACCGGUUGGCUAGUUGGCACCUAAUUUUUAUUCCUCGAGGUAGUGCGACUUUAUCGAGUCUUAGGGAUAGACUGAAGUGAUUAUGCAGAAUCCGUGAUCUUGCCUGAAGUUAUGUUUGAAGAUGUGUUGUGCCUCUUUUUGCCUGUGAAGCCUGUCGUCUACGCCUGGUGCUAGAACCGGGUUUGGGGCGCAGUUGCUCGGUUCGGGCAAUGAGAUGGGGCUUGGGAAUUCGUAUGAGAGGUUGUGAGUAUAGUAAGUUUCGCAGCAUGUGCAUCGCCGUGUCUGACUUUAACGUGGAUUUGGCGAUAACGGACAACUUGCCAGGUUACGUUGGCAACUGCCUUUGGAGAAAGGAACACAUGGAGGUCUGAAGUAGGAGUGGUGCCUUGUUAGCUGCUUUUGUUAGGUUGGAGAUGCUUCAAGCAGGUAUUGCGCCGAUGGGGCUUGCGCCAGUGUGAGGGCUAUGCUUAUGGCUUCUCUUUACUGCAGUAGUGAGGUAGUGCUUUGGGAACCUGGGCCCUUUCGGGUUCAAACGGCGGGGAUGUGCUACGCUGGUAGUCCCUUGGUUGGACCUGCCAGCCGCAUGAAGAAGCGCUAUGUGGCGCUCGGAGAAUGCGGCGUGCAUACAUAUGCCCAAGAUUGACGUCGCAUAGCGGUAGAGAAGAAUGAGCGCACCGGAGGGUGGCCGGUGCAUACCCUUGUGAGCACUGUAUGCUCUUCCAUCGGCUAGCGGUGUGUAUUUGCGAGCUGGUGUUACAGAUGGCGGGGACUUUCGGAUUGGUGUUUGUUAGGGGCCUGGUCGCUUGGCCUCAGUUAGUUAAGUACGGGCCGGAUCCCAUUGCUCUUUGGCUCAUGCGUUAUUCUUUGGCCUUGGCUGCCAUAACCUCUUUCUCCCUGACGUCUCCGGAGUCAUGGUUAUUAAGCACUGAACGGAGCAAAGCCUAUAUCCUUUUGCUCUGAUGUUUAGUACAGCCAUGGUGUUUGGUUAUGCGCGACGCGCUCUUUGUGGCUUUUCGUGCCUGUUGGCAGUCUGUAAGCUCAUCCCAUGAGCCUCCUAAUAAAGAAUAGCCCCCUUUGCGUAGGCUUUGGCUUUGUGAUAGGGUUUUAAUGAGAGAUAUUUUUAGACAGCGUCCUGACAUGCGGAGAGCAGACUUUGGCAGGUUGGGUGAGUAAAUAAUAGAUGUUGGUGAGUAGACGGGCUCCUGAGAGACCCUAUGAUGUGUCGUGCAGCGAGCGUUUGCCGUAGGUUCAUGUGUAGGUGUUAUUGGUAUUUGUAGGAUUUGGUAGGUCUCGUCGCAGAUUUAAGUGUUUAUCGUGUUGUAGCAAGACGACAGUCAUCCGGACAGUAAGAGUGCCAGUUAUGGCUUCAACCUUAAUGUAACUACUGCUGCGUUAG